UAGAAAGCGGAGAUGGGGUUGGCGCGUGUGUGCGAGACGCCUUCCGUGGCGUGCGCGGGGCGGGUGGGGCUCCGGGGCCGGCGGGGAUUAUGCUGCGCCGGGUCUUGGCGUUGUUGAUUCACCCUCAUUUUCUUCCUAGCAGCGCCAGUGGUGGCAGCGGGAGCAUGUUCUAUGCUGUGCGAAAGGGCAGGAGGACGGGAGUGUAUCGAUCCUGGGAUGAAUGUAGAGAUCAAGUUGACAAAUACCCAUAUGCUAGUUUCAAAAAAUUUGCCACAGAGGAAGAUGCUUGGAAAUUUGUAAAUGGCGAGUCAUCACAAUUAGCAAGUGAAACAAGGAAUACAGAUGCAUCACUACCUGGUGACACAGCGGUUGUUACUGAAGGUAACAGCUGUAUCCCUUGUGAAAAGCAGAGAAAUAAGACUUACAAUAAUAAGGCUACAUUCUGGUCAGAUUAUAGCUCAUACAAGAGACCAAAUGAAGAGCCCUCAGAAAGCCAGCAUAAUAGAAAACGGACAAAAUACACUGAAGUGCCUUGCACAGCUUCAGGGGAUAAUCUUUCAUAUAUGGGAGACUAUGCAGUUGUUUAUACUGAUGGAUGUUGUUCAAGUAAUGGGCGUCAUAAAGCACGUGCUGGAACAGGUGUCUAUUGGGGACCUGGUCAUCCUCUAAAUAGUAGUGAGAGACUUCCUGGGCGGCAAACUAAUCAAAGAGCUGAAAUACAUGCAGCUUGCAAAGCUAUAGAACAAGCAAAGAGCCAAAACAUCAAGAAAUUGGCUAUCUAUACUGACAGCAAGUUCACCAUUAAUGGUAUGACAGACUGGGUUCCAAACUGGCAGCGUAAUGGUUGGAAAACCAGCACAGGAAAAGAUGUAAUAAACAAAGAGGACUUUGAAAGGCUUGCUAAACUUUCAGAAGGCAUGGAUAUCCAGUGGAUGCAUGUUCCAGGUCAUGCGGGAUUUACAGGAAAUGAGGCAGCUGAUCGUCUAGCAAAAGAAGGAGCUGGAAAACCCCAAUCAUAGCAUUUUGGAAUUACAGAGUUCCUUUCAUGUUCUCUGGCAGUGACAGCAAUACAGGUUUGUUAACCUGUGAUAUAGUUAACAUGCACUUUCUGCUGCAUCUCCACCCAGCCCAGCUUUGUCGGCAUUCAGAAGACUCACAGGUACAUACUUUUCCUUGUUCUGAAGAGGCAUUUUCAAGGUUCUAAUUGAAAUUAAUUCCAUUUCUGUUGGUACUAAGUUGCCUCAUGUUUUUAGGCAGCACAUCUCCAUAGGGUAUUUAACAGGUUCAAGUCUGUGAUCUCUAGUUUCUUCAGAAGUCUCAGUAGGGUGCUGGCCAACAGUAUGUUUUCCCAUUGAGCUUUGAAAUAAAGAUUUCUGUUUUUACUCUAA